UUUGGAUAAUAUGUGCUAAUUUCAGUUUAUAAUUUAUUGUUUUAUAGUACGCUUAAGCCGUGGCAUUAUAAGUGCGUUAAAUAUAAAACAAGCAGCAGCGGCAACAACGAAUGUUGCUCAAUCUAAAUUAGGCUGCAAGUGGAACAUUGGAAAUAUAUGCUUAGAGCUGUGCAACAAUUGAAAUCUAAAACCGAUGCCGCAUGUGAUUACCGCCAAACCCCUUCUAAAGCAGCGGCAAAGAGCAAGAGCAAUUGUGAUGAAAAUCAGAUUACCAACUGGAAAACCGCUACAACGAUAACACCAACAACAUCAGCACCACCACCACCACCACCACCUUCCCUUAACACCCACCCCCGCGCUCAGCUACGCAGCAGUACCUACUUAUAAUACAUAUUUUGAUUUCGUUAACAACAACGAUAAGAGCGUGUUAUGUUUUAAACUUUUUUUGUUGCGUGCAAAACUUUUUGUUCACCUCUCCCCUCCGUGUGUGUGUGUGUGUGUGUACCCCGGUGUGUGUGUGUGGGUGCGUGUCUAAAGAGGCCUUGCAACGUACAACAAAAAAGAAAGGAGGACAAAACAACACGUCGAUAAAGCACGGCCGCAAAAAUUCCCAAAUCCGUGGCAACAAGCAAACUGCAGCGCCUCAAAGCCAAGGCUGCUAGUCAACACUACGGCGGCACUUAUCGCAAGUCCAGUAAGAACGGCAGCAACGGCGGCGGAGGCAGCGGCAACAGCGGUAACGUUGGGGGCGGCUGUGGCUCCGGCGAUUUAAAUAAUUUUACAACAACCAGCGGCUAUAACUAUCAACGCGGUGGCGCUGCGGAGGAGCGUAGCUUUGCUGCCACAGCGGCGACGUCGGCGUUGGCGUUGGCGUCGACAGCCACAGACACUGUUGGCGAAAAGUCAUAUCAUUACAACAACAACAACAAUUAUCAAAAGUCAAACUACACCAGUGCCAAUUACAAUAAUCAAACGUCAACAACAACAAACCACCUGCCUUAUCAACAACAACAACACUCACCUUACAAUAACGGGAACAGCAACAGUGGCAGCAACACGAUGUUGAUGACCAAACAGAAGCCCUCGCUAAACGAGCGCCUCAACAUAGGCGAUGAGGUGCGCGAACUUAAACUGGGCGCCACAUUCAAUCCAAAAAACACAACGACCGCAUUUCACACAAUCAAAUAUGACUUUAAGCCAGCGAGUGUGGAUCCAAGCCGUAUGGCAACUGUGGAUGUCGGCUCCAAUAAUCAAGUUACUGUUACCGUGCCAAAUUUAGAAAGUUCCGGUGUGCCUCAUACAGUUUAUAAGGGUAAUCACAAAAAAUAUACAAAAGAAUGCCUAAUAAUAUUCGACAAGGAAACGGGUGCUAUCACAUUAGAGAAGCUAAAUCACAAUAUACAAGUAAAGAAGACAAGAAGCGAAAUGACAAACAAGCCGAGCUUAAUGCCAGCCAACAAUGUUAACAAUCAGGCAAAUGGCGUUGCCCCAACCAUGCCCCCCGCCGCUGGAUCGUCGUCCCAAAAGCUAGAGAACAGCACCAUGCGUAUUUCAUCCAAGACGAAAGUGUCUACAGGCAGUCGCCGCAAUAAUAUAAUUGACUUCAAGCCGCGCAAUUCGCCCAUGCAACAAAGCUCGCCAUCGCGUCCAGCGCCUUCGCAUCGCAGUCCACAAUCCGCACCAGCUUGGCAUGCCAACAAUGCGCAGCAAACAUUGCCCAGCAUACCUAUGAUUACGGAUGAUGAUGAUUUUGGCUUCGCUGCUGCGCUGCAGAAUGGCAAUCAAGCAAAUACAUCAGGCUCAUCUACUGGCUCAGCUGGUCAGCCGGAUUAUGGCAACAUGUCGGUUGGUAAACAGCGACAAGGCGCGCCAAGCAAGCGACAGCAGCAUGCACAACGCAGCAGUCCACCCAUGGCGCAACAGCAGCAGCAGCAGCAGCAACAAAGUUAUGCGCGCGGCAACAGCUACGCACAACAACAGCAACAAAGACACACGCCGCCGCAACAACAGCAGCAGCAGCAGCAGCAACAACAACAGCAGCCGCAGCAGCAGCAACAACGCGGAUCCUUCAGCCAUAGCAUGCCCAUGGACUUUGAUUCACACAGCCAGCAUGAACAGUCCGUGGCGCAUGCAGCAGCGGUGCUUGAACAGCAAAUUGGCGGCGCCCUAAGUGCCUCCAGUUCCAGCUCGGAGUCAGAUUCCAGCGACAGUGAUAGCGGCAGCGAUUCGGAUGAUAGCACAGAUGAUGAGCAUGCCACACAUCAACAGCCAGCAGCAGCUAUGGUGCAGCAACAACAACAACAGCAGCAACAGCAGCAUAUGCAUCAGCUGCCCAAUCUGGGACUGGGUUCCAUUUCGCCAGCGUACAACAGUCAACAACAACAACAACACCAGCAACAACAACUUCAACAGCAGCAGCAGCAGCAACAACAGUCUGGCAUUUAUGCAAGCAACGGUGGAUUUCCAAAUGAUUUGCUACAAAACGAUCUGCAAUUGUCCUCAAAUUCGUCCGAUGAUGAUGACGAUUAGCCGAUUUUAAAACUACAUUAUCUAUAUAUAUUUAGUUGUAAUCUAUGCCUUCUUUUGAGUACUUUAACAACAACAACAACAAUCUUAGUUAUUAUUGAUAUUAAUUCUCUCUGCG